AUGAGAUACCUGAAAUCAUCAUACGUAUCUGCUGUAAGCUGGAAGGAUAGGACGGGAUCUGGUAUUUUGGCUACUAGCGACGAAAGAAGUGUUAAGGAGUAUAUUAAUAACUUAUGUCCACACUUUGAUUUACUAACUGAUAUCUUUGGGCAACGAAAAAAUGUUACCACACCAUUCAUUUACGAAAGUGAGGAUGAUGUUGAAUAUUUAGUUGAACACCUCGAUCCAAAUUUAGAUGAACAAUUUGUGGAAGUGGAGCCGGACUACGUCCUUGUGACUCCAAACACAAGUCCAACCUAUACUCCAGAAAUUCCGUCGCCAUUAAGUAGCUUAAAUUCCACACAACCGAAAAGUAAGAGAAGGAAACGCAAUUCAAAUCCAAUGGAAAACUUAAUAGUUAUUCAAGAAAAGAAAUUAGAAGUGGAACUCCAAAAGCUUGAACUUGAAAAAGAAAAAGAAAAAAAUCAAGUCGAACUAAAAAAACUUGAAAUUGAAAACCAAUUUGAGCUAAGAAAGCUUGAGCUCGAAAUGCAAAUUGAAAAGCUAAG